AUGUCGAUGGCAACUUUCAGUGGAAAACGGUACUUCGUGACAUUCAUUGAUGACAAGUCAAGAUACUGUGUCGUCUAUCUGCUCAAGAGCAAAUCUGAAGUUGCGGCGAAGUUCAUGGAAUACGCUGCGAUGGCCGAAACGCAAACCGGAAAGCGCGUGAAGUACCUUCAAAGCGACAAUGGGGGUGAAUACAAGUCCGACAAGCUGGCACGAUUCUGCGCGGAACGGGGAAUACAACAAAGGUUCACACCCCCAUAUACUCCUCAGCUAAACGGAGUAGCUGAGAGAAUGAAUCGCACGCUGGUCGAGUGUGCGCGUUGCAUGAUGGAACACGCUGGACUGGGAAAGAGCUACUGGGGUGAAGCAGUGAUGACGGCGAUGUUUCUUCGAAACCGCUGUCCAACACGUGCCAUUCACCAAGACAAGUCUCCAUAUCAAGUGUGGACGAUGAAGAAACCGAUUCUGGCCAACCUUAAAGUGUUUGGAUGCCACGCGUAUGUUCAAGUGCCUCAAGACAAACGCGCGAAGUUCGACUCCAAGUCAUCACUCUGUCGUUUCCUGGGAUACGCCGAACACCAGAAGUCAUAUCGAUUUGAGGAAGUGUCAACAGGAGCGAUCAAGAUCAGUCGCGAUGCCACAUUCAUGGAAGACAAGUUUGAUGAAGGUCCGCGCAACUACAACGAUGAGUCAAGUGUCGUUGAGUUUGAUGAUCAUGAUGAGGACGAACAAAAAGAAGAAGAAGGUAAAACUGACGACGACAUGGACUCGAGCGACGAUGACAACGAAGACACCAGGUCUUCGAAGAGCAACAUCAAGAGACACACGCGCACUCAAUCACUUGAGAAAGCUACCGUCAUUCCAAGUCCCAAGCGAAGAACAUACAGAGGUCCGUCGCUUGAGCAUGUUUCAGCGGCUGCAAUGGAUUUUGAAGCAGCCUACAUCGUUGAUUCAAGAAACGACACGUGGGAAAUCGUGCCUCUUCCGAAAGGUCGCAAGGCCAUCGGGUGCCGAUGGGUUUUUCGUGUAAAGGAGAAUCAAGAUGGCGAAGUUGAACGUUUCAAGGCAAGACUUGUGGCCAAAGGAUUCUCACAGAAAUUCGGAGUUGACUAUGAAGAAACUUUCGCACCGGUGGCCAAGUUCACAUCGAUUCGUGUGGUGCUCAGUAUGGCGGCCAAGUACGGCCUAAUGCUACAUCAGAUGGACGUCAAGACAGCGUUUCUUAACGGCUCCCUCAACGAAGACAUCUACAUGGACCAGCCGGACGGAUACCUGGAUGCAACACAGCCGGACUAUGUGUGCAAGCUAAAGAGAUCACUCUACGGCUUGAAGCAAUCGCCUCGCAUGUGGAACCAAACAAUCGAUGGGUUCAUGAUCAAGAUGGGAUUCAAGAAGUGCGAAUCGGACCACUGCAUCUACAUCAAGCGAGACGACCAAGACAUGAUUCUCGUGGUGCUCUACGUCGAUGAUCUCAUCCUGGCCAGCAGCAACAACGAACUCCCUCAAGUCGACCAAGAUGGCGCUGAGCAAACGCUUCGAAAUGACGGAUCUCGGUGA